AUGAAGGCCCUCGACUUCGAGUUGGCACACCGUAACUCGCAGGCCAGUAUGCCUUUUGCGCUGUCUUCUCUGGGUUAUGGAAUUCUACAGAAAAACCCAUCAAUUGCCCUCCUUGUCUUUGGGAAGAAUACGGCGUUCUUUGGGGCGUACUCUACCAACAUCCUGAAUCUCUGGGUGGUGGUUGCGAACACGCCCGCCUGGGCUUGUAGCAGUGAAAAGUCCGGCGCCCGAGCCAACUUUGAGUUCAAAGAUUAUGCUGUAUACUACGAUCCUACUAGCCCCAGGGCUCAUGAGCAUGUUUGGAACAAAGCCAAGCAGAACUACUUUUCGAAGGGAAUCAGGACGUUCUGGUUCGACCAAGCCGAGCCAAAGUAUUCCGCCCACGACUUUGGAAACUACCGUUAUUUCCUCGACCCAAGCCUAUACGGAAACAUUGUCAACUUGUUCUGCUGCGCGUGGACCGGAGGGCAGAAGCACAGCGCGCUCGUCUGCAGCGGUGAUGUCGCGUCUUCGUGGGGCUGCUUCCGCAACCAGCUGGCGGCCGGACUGCGCAUGGGCAUGGUGGGACUGACCUGCUGGAUGAUCGAAAUUGGAGGGUUAUACGGCACACCGAGUUACUUGUAA